AUGAUAUACGAGCGGCAAGAAGAGUUCGUGAAUUCGCUAUUUACAUUGGCAAUGCUCAAUGAGACACGUCGUGAGGUGUGGUCACAGCUGACCAGGCAACAUAUGCAUAAUAUGAGUGACCAUCUGUUUACCGCAUUUGAGAAAUUCUUCCUCACCGCAGCUGAGGUCCGCGCUAACGAUACGAUCGAGAUUUGGUCUUUCUCCACCGCCAUCUUCUUUGCCGUUACUGUUGUCACCACCAUUGGAUAUGGUAAUCCGGUGCCAGUUACACAGCUGGGCCGAAUGAUGUGCAUUAUUUUUUCGUUAUUCGGUAUUCCAUUAACACUGGUAACCAUAGCGGAUAUCGGUAAAUUUUUGAGUGAGCACUUAGUGUGGAUGUAUGGCAACUACCUCAGAUUGAAGCAUUUCCUGUGGGAACGACGUCACAGGCACAAUGCUCGCAAGGAACGGGUGUGCGAACACUGCCAAAGGCAAGGAUUCACCAACAACAUACACUUCAUCGAGGAGCAGAGGUAAGC